AUAUAAUACGUGGAGGGACCAGAAGAUCGCGUGCGCUGCAAUUUGUAUUCGGGAUGGAAGAGUUAUUUGUAAUUUAAAGUCUGUGAUCGUUAAUACCUUAUUUAAGAAUUUAUUCAUGCAUAGCGUAAUUUUGAAAACCGUGAAACGGUUUCAUACAAGAAAGCUAUUAAUUUCUAUUCAACCUGAAUUAAAAUUUUCUUCCUCACCUAUAUCAAAAAAUAUCACAUCAAUUACUAUGACUAUGACAGAUGAAGAGAAAGAUUUGAAGCUCGAAACAAUUCAGUCUGAAUUUUGCACAUUAACCUGGUUGUAUAAAAGUGCUCCUUGCUUUCCUGUGAAUGGAUCUAAAAUUAAAAUAAUUCAUGAACCAAAUACAUUUUAUUCUACUCUUGUACAGAAGUGCAAGAAUGCUAGAAAAAGAAUAACACUUGCAUCGCUAUAUUUAGGCACAGGAAAAUUAGAAUCUAGUUUAGUAAAUGUUGUAAAUGAAGCUUUAAUUGCAAAUAAUGGUAACGUUGAAGUAAAAAUUUUGUUAGAUUUUAUGAGAGGAUCCAGAGGUAAAUUAAAUUCUCGUAAGAUGUUAGAACCAUUACUUAAUGGAAAAUAUGGUCAUUGUUGUCAGAUUUUCUUGUAUCAUACUCCUAAACUUCGUGGAUUCUUAAAAAUGAUUAUACCAGAUCGUUUCAAUGAAUUGAUAGGACUACAACAUAUGAAGCUAUAUAUGAUAGACAAUGACAUAAUAAUUAGCGGUGCUAAUCUCAGCACUGACUACUUUAUAAAUAAACAAGAUCGUUAUUUUCUAAUUGAGGAUUGUAAAGAGCUUUGUGAUUUUUAUGAUGAAUUAGUUCGAAGAGUCGGAGAAUUUAGUUUUGUACUUCAAUCUGAUGGUACGGUAUCUUCUGCUAUGAAAGUCAAUCCUAUUGAAGAUCCUAUUUCAUUCAUUAAAGAGGCUGCACAUAGCGUAAAAACUUUGUUCCAGAGAGAAUUAGGAUCUUCUGAUCCUGAAAAAAUAGGAAAAGAUACUUGGAUCUUUCCUUUGGUACAAAUGGGUCAAUUAAACAUUUAUCACGAUAGCCAGAUAACAUUGAGACUUUUACAGACAGCCCCAGAAGGAGCAACACUUAAACUAGCAACUGGUUAUUUUAACUUAACUUCGGAGUACAGUAAAGCAUUACUUGAGCAUUGUCAAGGAACAUGUCAUCUUCUGACAGCACAUCCAACUACAAAUAGUUUCUUUACUGCAAAGGGCAUUGCUAAUAGUAUCCCAGCAGCAUACACAAAAAUAGAAGAAUCAUUUGUUAAAUACUGUAACAAGUUGGGACAACAAGAUAGAGUAAUUUUAUGGGAAUUUAUUAAGCCAGGAUGGAUAUAUCAUGCUAAAGGACUUUGGUAUUCUUUACCAAAUCAAGAAAAACCAUGUCUCACGCUUAUUGGAUCUCCUAAUUUUGGUUACAGAUCAGUGAAUAAAGACUUAGAAACUCAGAUUGCUAUUAUAACCAAAAAUAGAAACUUACAAAAUGAACUACAAAAAGAGCAAGAACGUUUGUUUUUACAUGCUCAGCGUAUAACGAAUGAAACAUUUUCUGAACGAAAUAGAGUUCCUCCAAGUUGGGUAUGUGCUAUUGUUGUUCUGUUUCGAUAUUAUUUUUAGUAUUUUAUCUGUUAAAUGUCUACUAUUUAUAAUCUAAGUCAAUAUACAUAUAGGUAAAAUUCA